GGCUGUUGGGCGUCAUGGGGGUGGAGUGAGGCAGGCAAAAGGACAAUCUGAUGAUUCUGACCUCACAAAAUAUGUCACAACCCCGCACUUGAUUACUCUCGUCCUCAAACUUCGCGACACCUAUUUAAACUUAUGUUCUUCACCCUUCAAACCCUCUUAGACAUCAUCGCUUCAACAUAGUACUAUAGCGCAACAUGGCUCCCACCAAAGUCUCGUACGCCGAAGCUGACGGCGUCAAAGUCUUCUACCGUUAUGCUGGUCCUAUCACUCCUGCAGCUAAGACCAUUCUGCUCCUCCAUGGUUUUCCGUCGUCGAGCCACAUGUUCCGCAACUUGAUCCCGCUGCUUGCCUCGUCCGGGUAUACCGUCAUAGCACCCGACCUCCCGGGCUUCGGCUUCACGGAUGUCCCUGCUGGGCGAAGCUACACUUACACUUUCGCGGCUCUAGCGACCACCAUCGAAUCCUUUGUCGAUGCUCUGAAACUCAAGAGGUUCGCCAUCUACAUCUUCGACUACGGCGCGCCAGUCGGGCUGAGGCUUGCGACGAAAAAUCCGGAAAGGGUGGCCGCGAUUGUGUCCCAAAAUGGGAAUGCAUAUGUCGAAGGACUCGGUGCAGACUUCUGGGCGCCGAUAAAGAAAUACUGGGCGACAGGGUCCGAUACCGAUCGCAAUGCACUCCGCCCUGCCCUCGAGCUAGGCGUGACCAGGUGGCAGUACGAAGACGGCAGCCCCCACCCACAGAAAAUCCAGCCGGAGGCGUAUCACCUUGACCAAGCCUUGCUUGACCGUCCCGGGAACAAAGACAUCCAGCUCGACAUUUUCUACGACUACCGCACAAAUCUGGAUCUCUAUCCCGCCUUCCAGGAGUAUUUCCGCACUUCCGGGGUCCCCAUUCUUUCUGUGUGGGGCAAGAACGACACCAUCUUCAUUGCGCCGGGUGCGGAGGCAUUCGCACGGGAUGCGAAGAAGUCUGAGUUGCGGUUUCUGGACGCUGGGCAUUUCGCUCUGGAGACCAACGAGGAGGAGAUGGCUGGGUUCAUGCAUGAAUUCUUUCAGAAGCACAAGGUUUUCCAAGCUUAGAGGUUCUGGGAAGACCAGCAAAGCAAGGAUUGUGGGAUUUCGACGUCCAUACCUUGUUGUCGGCGAAGACGGUCGGCGAACGCAGCCCUAAUUUACAAUCAUGAUGUCGAUGCUGUGUUCCUUUCAGGGCUGUUUGGCCGAAAGGGUGAUAAUUAUUGGUCACGGAUCUGUACACUUCACCGAGCAACUGUGACAUAUUCAGGCUUCUGUCGACCCUGGCCUGAAGAAUGGGCCUGAAGUGUUUAAUUAGGAUGUAAUUAACUAGUACACGAGAAGGUUGUUUUUCGCACAUUUUUAGCACAUGCAGAAGGCGUACCAGUGCGAGAAAAUAAUACCAAUAUUCAC